GCGCUUGUCGACAAAUCUUCUCUCAAGAAUGACUAGCUUUAUUUACGGCUGUUAUUGAUUCAUUCACGCUAAGACCACAUCAUCUUCCAAGCCGUACAUUUAAAGAUUCCAAUAUAUAUUCACAAAGUGAGAUUGUCAUUUUCUAAUCACGGCAGCUUCUUAAUAAGUCAGAUCGUCGACCAUUACAUGCAAGCACAAUCACUUCAAAAGCAACAUCGACCAACAAUUCUGGUUUUUUUUCUUCUCAUAAUGAAAGAUCUUCGCCAAUUUCCCGAAUUCAAAAGAGCUGACCCAGCGAAACCAGACAGUUCUCGUUAUUCUCGUCAUAAUUUACAAACCAUCCAGGGCACAGAAGAAACGUGUGCACCAUCUUCCAUCCCAUCUUAUAAGUCACACAGGAGCAACUCUUCAAGCAUUUCUUCUAGCAAUAACUUUAUCGAGAACAAAGAUCACCCACGGAAGCGUCUUUCGAGGGCAGAAGCCAAAAUCAAAGAACUUGGAAAUUUUGGUCCAAAACUAGUUGCUCUUGAGGGAAGAACACAGAGGCUUUUCAUAGAUCAGGCCAAUCUUAACUUCAACCUUUUGGGCCGCCUUAAAAUGCCACUGACAUCGUCGUCCCCACAGAGCCGCCUUUCAAGACUGGGACCUCUUCAACACCCACAUACAUAUCUCCAACAUCCAUUUAAUUAUGGUCAAUCUUUUGUUACUCAGGCUUUUGAGGCCAACUCUGAGGAUGUGGAAAUGAAUGAUGCGCCAGACAUUCCAGAAUCAAUUUUUGUUCCUGUAGAUUCUGAACAUUGGGACAAAGAUGAAGUGGCAACUCCCUGUCCAUUCAUCAGACCCUUCGAAGCAGCACCACCGGCUCGGAUCCCUUCAAAAUCAAGUCAAUUAAUGACUCCAAGUAAGAUAUUCGAGAGUCCCCGGCAUAAUGCUCUUCAAACCACCACAACGAACAUCCGCGAUCAAAUCGAGCUUGAGCUUUCCCACUUAAUGUUAGCAAAGCAUAACGAACUACGACUCAUCGAAACUGAACUAGCCAAAGCACAAAUAAUGCUUGAACAGCUUAGACGUGUUCAUUUAAGGCCGUUUAACCUUGUCAAAAAUGAGGAGGGUCAGGUCUAUGCAGUCAGGGUUGUGGUGAGGUCAUUUAGUGGGGAGGAGAGAAGGCAGAAAGCAAUCGCAAAGAGACAAAGGGAAGAAGAGAAGGCUGCAGAAGAACUAAAGAUAGAGGAAAUGGAGAAUGGAGGAAGUGGUAUGGGUUUAAGGAAUAGAUAUGUGAAGAGGUGAGGGGUGGAUGAGAAUGUGAAUAAGAAAGGGAAGGCGAUGGAGUUAGUAGGCCCCAAAAGACUCCGGAGUGACGAUGAUUGAUCAGCGAGUACAUUGGCGUUAAGUAGCGAGCCUGAGUUGAGUCUAUCAUAAUUCAAAAUAUAUAGAAUAAAGAUUGUCCAAUUCUGUCCA